UUCUUGCUUAUUAAUGAAAGCUAUGAAGUCUAAGUCCAACUGGGCCCAGAACCCAAGUUGUAGCAUAAUGGUAUUUCGUCCAACCAAAGAAGAGUUUAAUGAUUUCAAUAAAUACAUUGCUUAUAUGGAAUCCCAAGGUGCACACCGAGCAGGCCUGGCUAAGAUCAUUCCACCCCAGGACUGGAAAGCCAGAGAGACCUAUGAUGACAUCGAUGACAUCUUAAUAGCCGCUCCCCUCCAGCCGGUGAUUUCUGGGCAGGCAGGUGUGUUUACUCAGCACCACAAAAAGAAGAAAGCCAUGACCGUGAGCGAGUAUCGCCGCUUAACAAACAGUGAAACACACCAGACUCCAUUCUACUCUGAUUUUGAGGAUCUGGAGCGAAAAUAUUGGAAAACGCGACCCUAUGGUUCACCAGUAUAUGGUGCGGACGUCAGUGGCUCCUUAUUCGAUGAAAACACGAAGCAGUGGAACCUUGGACACCUGGGAACCAUUCAGGACCUGCUGGAACAGGAGUGCGGAGUGGUCAUCGAAGGCAUCAACACCCCCUGCCUUUACUUCGGGAUGUGGAAGACCGCCUUCGCCUGGCACACGGAGGACAUGGACCUUUACAGCAUCAACUACCUGCACUUCGGGGAGCCCAAGACUUGGUACGUGGUGCCCCCGGAGCACGGCCGGCUCCUGGAACGCCUGGCCAGGGAGCUUUUCCCGGGCAGCUCGCGGUGCUGUGAGGCCUUCCUGCGGCACAAGGUGGCUCUCAUCUCGCCCACGGUCCUCAAGGACAACGGCAUCCCCUUCGAUCGGGUCACUCAGGAGGCUGGAGAGUUCAUGGUGACGUUUGCCUAUGGCUACCACUCCGGCUUCAACCACGGUUUCAACUGCGCGGAAGCCAUCAAUUUCGCCUCCCCGCGUUGGAUCGAUUAUGGCAAAGUGGCAUCGCAGUGCAGCUGCGGGGAGGCCCGGGUCGCCUUCUCCAUGGACGCCUUCGUGCGCAUCCUGCAACCGGAGCGCUACGAGCUGUGGAAACGCGGGCAGGACCGGACCGUGGUGGACCACACGCAGCCCAUGGUGCCCAGCAGACAGUUCCUGAACGCCUGGAGGGAGGUCCACGCGCCUGGGGGACCCGCGCUCCGCCGGAGGCACUGUCCGUCCCGCAGCGCCUCGCACCGCCGUCCGCCCGUGGCCGCCUGCCAUGGGACCCGCUGUCGAGCCCCUGUGGAUCCUGUGUCCCCGCCCCCCUAGCCGGCCCGGGGUUCUCGCUCUGCUGCCCAGUUCGGGGUUGCGGCUGCCUACAGCUCCGCGGAACCCGGUCUGACUCCGCCGCUGACCGCAGGUCCAUCUGCUGCGGAUCUCCCCCUACCUGGACGAUACGGUCCUCGUCGUCGUCCUCAGGAAGAGGGGACUCAGGAUCCGACUGUCCGGGCCCGGACUAAGAGGCGCUUGUCCUUAGACACAACACACCCAUCUCUGGACUUAGAAGCUCAGCUCCCGUUUGCCGGCGAUCC